AUGGUUGAUAAAAAUUCAGUCCUAUCUCAACUUCAAGAAGGAGCAUUGUUUAUUAAAUUUAAUGCUGAUGGAACGCGAGGUGAACGUUAUUUUUAUUUAUGUCCAAAACUCAAUGCUAUACGAUAUACUGGAUCCAAAAAACUUCUACAAAAUUCAGAAGUAGAAUAUCUAAUUAAAGAUUGUGUCGAAGUAAGAUCGGGUUUUAAAACGGAUACCUGGUUUAAAAUGUUACGAAAUGGCAAAGUGCGAGAACAACAGGAAGGAUUAUCAUUAUCAAUUCUACAUAGUCGUGGAAGAAAAAGUUUAGAUCUUUUAGCUAGCGAUAGUGAAACAAGAAAUAUUUGGAUUGAAGGCAUACAAUACUUACUUCAAGAUCGAAAUGGUGAAUCGUACAGAAGAAUUACAGACAAAUGGGUUGAAAAUUUGUUUGGUGAAGCUGAUUUAAACCGUAACGGUCUCUUAUGUAAACGAGAAGUUCAUUUAUUAUUAGAAAGAAUGAAUGUUCGUCUAUGUGCCGAUGAUGUUGAACAAUAUUUUGAACAAACAGUACUUCGAAAAGCAAAACGUCGUGAACAAUUAAAUGUGGAUGAAUUCAUUAAUUUUUAUAAAUUAUUAACGUAUAGACCAGAGUUGAAUCACAUAAUACAUAAAUAUAAUGGAACUGAGGAUAUAUGUAAUUGUAAUGCUUAUGCAACAAUUUCUCAAUUAUCGCAUACGUUCUCAUAUGUGGAUCCAUCAUUUAAACACAAUACAUUACCAAGAAAAAUAGUAAAUGGACCACCAGCACAAUGUCAAGCUUCAAAUUAUCUAACUGUUGAAGAAUUAAGAGAAUUUAUGCAAGAUGAACAACAAGAACAAUAUUCAGUUGAACAAAUUCAAGAAUUAAUUCAUAAAUUUGAUCCUUCUAUAGAAGGAAAGAAAUGUAUGGAAAUGGGAGUUGACGGUCUUAGAGAAAUGUUAUUAUCAGAUGUAAACGAAUUAAUGAAUCCCGUACAUAAACAUACAGUUUAUCAAGAUAUGACUCGACCAUUAACAGAAUAUUGGAUUAAUGCCUCACAUAAUACAUAUUUAUGUGCAAAUCAGGUUUUGGGUGAAUCUAGUGCUGAGAUGUACGUAAGAGCAUUGAAACAUGGAUGUAAAUCUGUUGAAUUGGACGUACACGAUGGUCAAGAUGGAAAACCUGUAGUACGACAUGGAUACACAUUGGUGAAAGAUAUUUAUCUUGACGAGAUACUUAUACUUAUUCGAGAAUAUGCAUUUUUCUUAUCCCCGUUCGUAUUCUUCAAAAAAUAUCCAUUAUUUUUAAAUAUUGAAAAUCAUUGUUCACUACGUCAACAAAUUAUAAUAGCUAAACUAUUAUAUGACACAUUUGGAAAUUCUAUUUAUUUGGGUAGUAAUUCGAAAUCAACAAUAUGGCCAUCGCCUGAACAAUUGAAAGGACAAAUAAUUAUUCGAGUAUAUUUUUCAAUUUUUGACAAAUGUAUAUGUAGUGAUUUAGCUAAAUUUAUUUAUUGUGAAAAUGUUACAUUUAAAGGUUUUGGACAUUCAAAAGGCUAUAAUUACAAUCAAUCAUCAUCAUUAUCCGAAACAAGGGCCACUUCUCUUAUUGAAGAUCAGCCACUAGAUUUUAUUAAAUAUAAUCAACGUUUAUUGACACGAGUAUAUCCGGCAUCAUUUCGACAAAAUUCAAGUAAUGUAAAUGCCAUCGAGUUUUGGAAUGUGGGCGCACAUAUGGUGGCAUUAAAUUUUCAAACAAAUGAUUUAUCAAUGUCUCUGAAUCAAGGAAAAUUUAGUACCAAUGGUAGAUGUGGAUAUGUUUUAAAACCGGAUAUUCUUCGACAAGGUUUAAAUCCAUUAUGGCAUCACAAUAUGAAUUUUACUGUUUGUAUUCCCGAAUUAUGUCUUAUUCGAUUUACUGUUAAAGAUGAAACAGAAUUACUUGGUCAAUAUUGUAUACCGUUUUUAUCUAUUCAACAAGGUUAUAGACAUAUUCGGCUUCUCAAUCGUUAUAAUGAGCCAACAUCAGGAACAUUGUUCGUUAAAGUAAAAAUAAUUAAUACGGAAUAA